AUUUUAUACGAAUGUGUGAUCGUGUGUGUACCAUUGUGCUGUGUAUAGAGUAUAAGUACGAGUGAAAUUUUUUUUAUCGUUACGAAUGCGUAAAACGCUACGCAUUAGCAUUCGUUUUUUUUCGUAAAUCGGUCGCGUAAUUAUAGUUGCGAGAAAAAAAAAUUGAAUUUUCAAUAUGUGCUCAAAAAAACCGCUGUUGCAGAGAUAAAGAUAACGUAUCCAAUGUUAUGAUUUUUGAAAUAUAAGUCGAUGCUGCUGAUGAUGAUGAUUAUGAUUAUGAAGUAUACAUAAUACUGUAUCGUGAUUUAUAUACGGUGGCGUUUUGUUGUAUGUACUCGCAGUAUUGCUCUUCAACUCGGAUGAAUUAAUAUUUUACUUGGUAAUAUUUUUGAGCCGAUGCGACGUGUAGGAGUGUGUUUUAAAAAUUUGUUUACACCUGUUUGUAAUUAUCGAGUUUUUUGUCGAUUGUAUGUAAUGUACGCUGUUUUCGUUGGUUAGCGUAUGAUUUAGAUUUUUUUAUUUAUAUUACCGCCGCCGCGUUCUCGACGUUCCACUUGGAAAAUCCUAUCCACCGAAUGAACGAGUAGCACGAUACGGAUGUGUGCCUGUGUCCCUAUACGCAUUGCGUGCAAUACGAGUACGAGUACUUGUUGGAUUUAGCUUUUUCCACAGAAGAUGUUGGCCCUUAUAGAAACGUUGAUAUAAAUUCAUCUUUCACUCACCUGUCACAAAAAGAAAUGACCGGAAAUUCUCCUGGUAGCAGUCCGACGGUCAACAGAAGAAGCGUCGAGUUCCUCAAUAGUAGAAGUAGUAUUAAUGAACAAGGAAUUCAGCAGCAAAUUCUGCAGCUGAAAAAACAACAACAAAUGCAACAACAAAUAUUACUUCAACAUUUUCAAGCACAGCAGCAGCAGUUAGCCGAACAGCAUGAACAACAGUUGAGGCAGCAUUUAAAAUACCAAACGAGACCUAUUCACAAUAUCGAAGCUAUGCCACCUUACUCAAGUUUCCUAUACAAUUUCCAUUUGCAGGAAUUAUUAGAAAAGCAACGAGAAGUAGAAGAACGAGAGCAGAGGGAAAGGAGAGAACUGGAACGAAUAGAAUCCUUAAAGAAGAAAGAAAAGCAUGAGCAAAGUGCAGUUGCAUCAUCGGAGGUCAAACAGAAAUUGCAGGGAUUUUUACUGAAUAAAAAGCAAAGAGAAGCUGCAGCUGCAUCAAAUUCAACAUCUCAAGGCCAAUUUCGAAGUUGGAAUAUUUUACAAUCUGAGCCGAAUGUUGCUAGUGGAACCACUCCAUAUUGUUUGAAUUCCUUGCUAGGAAAAUUCGACGAUGAUUUUCCUCUUCGUAAAACAGCCUCCGAACCAAAUUUGCUAAGACUGCGGUUGAAACAGCGUGUUUAUGAACGACGAUGCAGUCCUAUAGCUCGCAAAAAAGAUCGAUUGUUUAACAAAAAAAAGUCUUACUUGACAGUUGAAGCUUCAAAUAGUAAUUCAGAUUCAGCGCCGAAUUCGCCUCCAGUAGUUGUUUCUAAUAAUCAAAUUUCGCCGUCCGGAGGUCCAAAUACGCCCAUACAAGAGGAAGUAGAACCUCCUUAUGGGCAAUUAACUAAUAAUAACGACCGUACUGGAAGUGUAAAUGACGUACCUUUAUACAGUAGUCCCUCAUUACCAAAUAUCUCAUUAGGAAGGCCACCCUCUUCUACGGAAAAUGCUAAACGAUUAGCUCCGGUAUCCGAGGCAGAAAUUAGAGCUGCGUUUACAGCUAGGCUCGGGAUGCCUUUAACGGGACAACUUCUUCCUUCAACCCUUCCCUUUUAUCCUACAUUACCAGGAAUCGAAACGGUUUCCGAGUAUAGUAAUCCUACGUCUCCGGCUUACAUUCACAAGCAAAUGCAAGCAUUGGAACAAUCUCGUCAAAAUUACUUUCCUUCCAUUUACGAAGCCCCACUACCUAUCACAGAUUCUCAGGUUGCGCACGCGCGUUUAAAUAAACAAGGUCACCGUCCAUUGGGGAGAACGCAAUCGGCUCCUUUACCUUUAGGACACCCUAUGCUUACAGCAUCUUCGCCCAAUAGCCUAGGUGUGCAUUAUGAAGAUUGCAAUGAGCAACAAGCUCAACAGCAACAGCAACAGAUGCAUGCGCAUAAUUAUCUGAAACAACAAAUUAGACAAACAGUUCUGACCAGAGUUGGAACCAGAUCUCAGUCACACACAACCGUGUCUCAAAAUAAUAAAAACGAAGAAGAACAGGAAGAUGAUAGUAUUACGUCCGAGGUAAUAGAUUUAACGGGCGGUAGAAAUAAUUCGAAUAAAAAUGACAGCAAUGGAGAACAGUUUCCAAAUCAGAAACAAAUCAGAGAAAAUAUGUUUAAAAAUUUAUUACAAGUGAACGACGGUUCAUCGUCAGGUACAUCACAUCCUGCUAGGCCACUAGCUCGUGCAUUUUCUAGCCCCCUUGUUGCGAUAAACUCCGAAGCUGGGGCUCCUUCUGUUCUUAAUGCGUCAGCUGUAAAUCACUAUAUACCCUCUGUUAAAUUAUCUGGAAGUCCUCAUAAAGUGACCACAGCUUUGGCUUUUGAUAGUUUGAUGUUGAAACACGCAUGCAUUUGCGGUAACAAUUCUAGUCAUCCGGAACACGGUGGGCGAUUACAAAGUGUUUGGGCAAGAUUGGUGGAAACUGGUUUAGUACAAAGAUGUGACAGAGUUCGGUCCCGAAAAGCAACCCUAGAAGAAUUACAAACUUGCCAUUCGGAAGCUCACACGUUAUUAUUCGGUACCACUCCUUUAAAUCGACAAAAAUUGGAUGCAAAUAAACUAUCCGAAUUGUCGUUGAAAAGUUUCGUCAGAUUACCAUGCGGUGGUAUCGGCGUCGAUUCAGAUACUACCUGGAACGAAUUACAUACAGCCCCUGCAGCUAGAAUGGCUGUUGGUUGUGUUAUAGAUCUCGCUUUUAAAGCCGCCAGUGGUGAUAUCAAGAAUGGCUUCGCUAUUGUCAGACCUCCUGGUCAUCACGCUGAAAGUGCCCAAGCAAUGGGUUUUUGUUUUUUCAACUCUAUUGCUGUGGCCGCCAAAUUAUUGCAACAAAAACUCGAUUAUAGAAGAAUAUUGAUCAUCGAUUGGGAUGUACAUCACGGUAAUGGAACGCAGCAAAUAUUUUACGAAGAUCGACGAGUUCUGUAUUUAUCUAUUCAUCGUCAUGACGAUGGUAAUUUCUUCCCCGGCACGGGCGCGUCGAUAGAGUGUGGCAGUGGUAGUGGCCUCGGAUAUAACGUCAACGUAGCCUGGAGUGGAGGUCUUAAUCCACCUAUGGCCGAUGCCGAAUAUUUGGCAGCAUUUAGAACGAUCGUUAUGCCAAUAGCUAGGGAAUACGUGCCCGAUAUUAUUUUAGUAUCUGCCGGAUUCGAUGCUGCUUCCGGCCAUCCACCUCCUCUAGGUGGUUAUAAAGUUUCGCCCGCUUGUUUCGGAUUCAUGACUCAACAACUGGCCCAAUUGGCUGAUGGAAAGGUGGUAUUAUCCUUGGAAGGAGGUUACGAUUUACCAGCGAUUUGUGAUUGUUCGGAAGAAUGCGUCAGAGCACUUCUAGACGGCAGUUCGUCGCCGGUCAGUGAAGAAGAAUUGAGAAGACAUCCGUGCCAAAACGCAAUAGACACGCUUCAAAAAACUAUCGCUAUACAACUUUCACAUUGGCCCGUACUUAAAAAAUUAGCCCAUACGGUGGCUUUAAGUGCGGUCGAGGCUCAAUUAUGCGAAGAAAACGAAGCGAUUUCUGCGAUGGCCUCAUUGUCUAUGAAUAAACGAAAUUCAGCCAAUUUGAAAAACAUGGUGCCGGAAAUCUCGGUCGAACCGAUGGAGGAAGAUGAAGAAAAAUAGCCAUGUAGCCGAUCAGUAUUGCGAGUGGCGCGUUGGUUUGAAACUAAAUCACGAAAUCGAAUCGACCUCGUGGAAGUAUAAAAGUACGUACCGUGAUUUCGAGUCAAAAAAGGUGCAUUUUUUCAGCAUUUGGUUAUCGUUGAGCUAUCUUGCUGUUGUUAUUGGCGUGUGUAAUCAUCAAUUCCAUCGAUAUUUUUAAUGUUUUAUUAUCCCCUUGCUGAAUAUCGACGGUCAUAAGCGUGUACAAAAAAACGUAUGUAAUAAUUGUACUUAAUUUUGUGUUUACAUUUUACGUCUAAGAUACGAAUUAGCUAGCGAUGAAUUACGUAGCCGUUCAAAACGGCCGUAUUUUUUAGAUUCGAAGAUUCGGAAGGGAUGGAUUUUUUUAAUAGAGCGAGUGAUCCUACUGUACGAACUGCGUGUGAUUGUGAAUGUAUGUAGUAAAAGGCAUUUCGUCGUACAAAUAUUUUUUUUUUACCUUUGCAAAAGCGUUGAUUUUCUUUUAAAGUUUAUUUUACAUUGUUACCGAUUUUAUUUAUUUUCUUGUUUAGAAUUACGUGAUAGAAAAAUUCCACGUAAAUGAUUGUGUGUGAUAUUGCUUUUAGUAGAUUGGACCGUAUAGCCCUAUGUAUAUCCAGUUAUUGUUGUUUUAUUACGUUAGAAUAGGUAAUCGAGAUGGUGCAAGUGGAACCUACGUAGUAGAAUUUUUCGAUUUUUCUCAUUUGACUUGUCUCGUUGUGUUUUGUUUUUUAUGUGUGUGUAGAUUUUGUUUUUCGAGCAGUUUAAAUUCGAGAAACUGCGAUAGUAGUUUCUCACUCAUACCACUCUUUAUUGUCAUGAAAGUAUUCUAAGAUUUGCGAUUAAAUAUAAGGAAAAAAAAUUAGGUAUUUGUUUCCAAUAUUCUAGCAUGGUAAGUUGCGUUAUCGUCAAUUUUUAAGUAUUAUUAUAAAAAUAACGCUUCGUAUUGAAAAUUUUUCUCGAGUAACUUUCAACGAUUGGAAAUAUUGUCGUUUGAUUUUUCACGACAAUGCAAAAUGGAAAAAAAAUAUUGUGCUCAGUUCAACAUUCCAUUGUUAUUUUGUUGUUUUUUUUCCUUUCCUACGAUUAAAAAUAAACGAAACCCAAUUCGAGUUAUUUUCGUGUAAAUUUCUUAGAUUUUUUUUUUCGUUUGUAGGUAUUCGUUUCGUUAUUGUUGUGAUUUUAUUUUAACGUUAAAAAUUAUGCUGGAAUAUUGAUAACAUUUAUAAAUUUUUUGUUACCGUUGUGUGCAUUUGAAAAGACCAAAUUUAUAAAACACUGGAAACGAUUUGAGCUUGAAAAGUACAAUUUUCUGAUUACCAAUAAUUUUUUUUUUACGAUACAAUAAUUUUUUUCUCAUCAAAUUCAUAUCAAUUUUGAUUUUGUUUUUUCAUUCGUAUAUUUUUUGCUAAGGACGAAUUUGUGUCUUUCAUUUAUGAAACUUGAUUUAUUUAUUAAGUUGUCUCGUUUACCGACGUUUACCUACUUCAAAAAAAAAAAUUACCGUCAAUUAUUUUUUCCGAAUUGAUACAUUUUUACAAAGGUUAAACCUAAACCGGUGGUUAUUUUUAUUACUGAUUUACAUUCACAAAUAAUUUUUUUUCUGUGUGGUUUUCAUGAUUUUUAUUUUAUUACGUGUGUAUUUUUUAUGUUGCAUAUGAAAUAUGCGAAGUGUGAAUAUGAGGAAUGGAAUGAUUCUUAUUUUUGAAUGUUUCCCCUCCUAGCUUCUUCCUUUACACUUCAAAAAAAAAAAAAUUUCUAUCGCAAAAUAAUUUCCAUUGGUACCAGAAGUCCUCAAAAUAUAUAAGUUUUCACCUUGUUGACAACUCGAAAUUUUAUCUUGUGGGAAACUUAUUGGGAUUUCUCGUGGUCUUUCUUCACAGGAAUUGAUCUUGAGAAAAUAAACUAAUCGUGAGUCCUUAUGUAAAAUGGAAUGCUUCCAUAUAAUUUAUAAAAAAAAUUGUUAAAAAAUAGAAAAACGAUAAAAAAAUGUUUAAACUACAUUAUUUGAACAUUUUUUCGAAAAAUUGAGAUAAUGUAAAAAAUUGAAAAAUUGAUAUUUUUGUGAGCUUGGAAAUUUGUGAAAAUUAAAUACAACAAAAAAAUUGAAUAACUUUGGAAAUUAAAAGACCAAAUUAAUGUUUCGUUGAUCAGGAGCUAAAAUGUUGUACGUUUUUUUCUCAUGAAAACGAGCCAAGUGGAAAUGAAGGAGUCGAGGAAAGGGUUAAAAAAUCUCAAAAUUACAUAAGUAUCAUCCAAAUAAGGUAACUUGGGGAGCGGCAUCAAUUGUGAUAAGAUGUAAAAAAAAGUUUUUUUACAUUAAUAAACCGAUGAAAUGAAGUGCAAUAUUAGAAAAAAAGAUAUCAACUAACAAUGCAGUUGUCUGUUGAUUUGGAUGAAUAAAAUAUGUGAAUUAAUUUACGUGUCGAAAUCGUAAUAAAGAAAUUUGUUGUC